UACUUAUAGAGCAUCUGUUUCCCUGAGCUGGCUUUCGGCCAAACACUUGAGUCGGACCAUGGUAUAUAUAUAUCCCGCAUCAGUGCAGCCGUAUACAGUAAACUGCGCCAUGGAGACGGUAUCCAUUGCAAUAGUCAUCGGUCUUGUGUCGUUGUGUGGUGUCAGUGACGUACACGCUGACACCAGUUUGACAGCUGUCACUGGCCAACCGAAGCUACUAGAUGGGGAGAUCAACGCUUGGGAACAAACAGCUGUUAAUCUUGAGACUAAAAUGAAAUAUAAAUUUAGCACGUUGGAGUCAUCACUGACAGAGAGCUUAACUAACACGUUCAUUCCUGCCUUUAUGAAGGGUCUAGUGAAACAAGCGAUUACUGGCAUUCUGAAAGAAGGUUACAUUGAGGAUAUUAUUAGCGGAAGUGUUCUGGAUGAAGUCAACAACCUAAAAGCGACUGUACGCAACACGAAGACACAACUUCAGGCAGAAACGCAGCAGUUCAGGCAUGUUGAACGAGAAAGAGACACAUUCAAAGACAGUUUUGUAAAACUACGUGGCGAGCAGACCAAAAACGUCCAUAGUUUACAGCUGCAGCUGAAUGAGACGGUAGCUGGUCUUCGUGUUGCAAAGAGAGUGAACACUGUUCUCAGACAGGAUCUGAUGACACUGAAUACAAGCUGUGUGAAGAUGAGCCAAGUGACUAAACGACUCAUCAAUGAAAAACAAUCAUGCAGGGAGGGCUUGCGGGGAAUGCAGAAAAAGUUCAGUACUGACAUUCAGAGUUUAAACAAUCACUUAAAUCGGACCAUUGAUGAUCUGCAUGAUUCAGAGCAAAGAAUCACUGGCCUUACAGAGGACAUAAUGGCGCUGAAGACAAGCUUUGUGAUGAGAGAAGGGAUUAAAAAGAACGAUGUUAAUGAAACGUUGCUGUCUACAUCGCCCCCUUUGUUUCCUGGUGCUGCAGGAGCUUUGCGUGAUCUGAGUCGGACCGCGAGGACAUCAGUAACGACAAGAAGAAUGCCUGCUACACGGGGUAGGUGGGAGUACCCAGCAGCGACUCUAUCACCAGCAGACUGCGCGGACCUCUUUGGGGCCAGCGAGCACGGGAACCUGGAGGAGGUGAAGUGGCUCCUGUCUCUGAACAUCGACAUUAACUGUAGGUAUUUGUGGGGCCUGACACCGGUGAUGUGGGCAGCAGGAGUGGGACACAAAUACAUGGUGGAGUUCUUGUUAUGUAAAGGAGCUGAUGCGUCACUGGUGGACGAUGAAGAUCGCAACAUCCUUCACUAUGUCGGUCUGGGAGGAGUUUUCGAGACGGCGAGGUUCGUGCUGUCUCUGAACGUGGUUGACAUCAACGCCAGGGACAGCACUGGGAUGUCAGCGUUGGACCUGGCGAGACUCAGGAAACAUAGGCGAGUGGCGGAUCUCCUCGUGUCCCAAGGCGCUCAGUGACGUCAGUGGAGGUGACGUGACAGUGACGUUGUUUGCCGUUCACGUCGUCGUGUAUAAAUAUGUUUUUAUUUA